UAGAAACCCACUCGCCAGGCAGGCUCUUUCCAUCAACACAACAAGGAGGUUCAGCGUAAAGUGCACCGUCCACUGCACAUCUGCUUCUGUUCCCACGAAAUGGCCACUGAGAUCAACGUUUCCAACCCGAAGCUGAAGAGAACGCUGCUUCGGUUCCAGGCUAAGAUCGCCGAGGGCGACUACUACGAGGCUCAUCAGACUCUUCGCACGAUUGCCAAUAGAAACGUCCGGUCCAAGUCGUAUGGCGAUGCCAUUGACCUGCUGUACCACGGGGCUCAGAUUCUGCUCCAGUCAAGCCAGCCGGCCACAGGGUCUGAUCUGACGAGCUAUCUGAUUGAUGUUUACAACGAGAGCGACACCAAGGUGACUACUGAGUCGAAGGCCAGGCUGAUACAGCUCAUUUCCCUGUUUGAUCCCCAGGAGCCCUCUCUGAAACACGUUGGCGUGGAGGCAGUCAACUGGUCCAUAAACCACGGUGAGUGUCAAUACGGUGAUGGUGAUAUCCACAAUGCUCUGGGCCAGAAGUUUGUAGAGUGUGAUUCCUUAGCGUAUGAGGCUGAGAGACAUCUGGUCUUGGGCAACUCCCAUUCUCUGGACACAUACGUCAAGCACAUCUGGUCAUGGUACCAACAGGACUCUGAGAAGAGCAACAUUGGGCUCUACGUGUCAAGAUGCGUGCUGAACUACUUGUUCAUCCAAAACGUCAAGAAUGCGAACCAAGCAUUGGAUGAACUUUUGACGCUAUUCACAACGGAGUAUCCGUCGUUCAAGUACGAGCAAAUAACGGAAUCCUCCGUGUCAGUGAAGCUCUUCGACUCCCUACCUCUGCUGAACUUUGUGCAGUUCCUUCUAAGGGUGGUCUCCACCGGCGAUCCUAAACUGUUUAAUGUUCUCGUGGGACGCUAUUCACCAACCUUGGACUCGUGUGAGCUCAAAGAUGCUGUUGCCUACAUCGGUCAGUUGUACUUUGGAAUCCAAGUGCCUAAACAGGUUAACCUACUACAAAACUUGAUGUCUGGGUUCCUCGGUGGUAGAUAGCACUGUUGCUCUCCUUGUGCUUAAGCACCACUAUUCAGCAUUAUCUGCUCAACUGCCUUUGCGAGUUCCGGUCUCUUAUUACUCUGCAAACUCUCAAUCGCAUCUUCAAAAGUGAACCACUGUCUUUUCCUAGUUGCACUUUCUGGGAAUUCAUCGUGUAGCUCCUUAACCUUCAUCUCGUAGAGGUGAAAUUCCGAUCUUGGUGGGUUCCUCAAGACGCCAUUGGUCUCCUUCAUGGAACCCUUAGCCCAUUCAGCCGGUGAUCUUAGAUCUGGAAUCACUUGCAACUUUCUCACAAUAGUUCCUAUAGCACCAGCUUCUUCCCACGUUUCUCUAAUCGCAGCCCUCACGUAGUCGCCGUCAUCAUCUUCAUCAGUCUCAACACCUCCCUUUGGUAAUACC